UGUGGAUGUGCCUUUGAAGCUGGAUAGAAGCACACGGUUUGUGCUGAAGGUAUUAAAGGAAGCACUAUUCUUUCCAUCAAACCCCUGAUUCAUAGUAUCUAUCGCCUUUUCAUAGCUGAGCAUACCUUGUGCACAGUACACUAUAUCGCAUCACCCUUGCUUUGUCAUCACGGGAAGCAGCUUCUGCCCUUAUCUGAUCCGGGGUUUAAGCGUACGGUUAAGACAAGAUUUCAAAUCCCUCGUGGGCUCAUCACAGUAGCGGCUAGCUAUUCUUUGGUAUCACGACAUAGAGACGUUCAGCACGCUGGUUAUUAUGCUCAAAGGUGAUAGCAUCGAGGUUACAGUUGCCUCAAGAUCAAACUCCGACGCCUCGGUCGACGAGCUCACUCCGAUGUCGUCUACAGUGAAGGAGUACACUGGGUUCCAGGUGGACCUUGAAGACCUGCCACAGGGGCGCCACCUGGGCCUGUUCUCCACUAUUGUGCUGUUCAUCUCGAGAAUAUUCGGCUCUGGAAUAUGGACGACUCCGUCAGGUAUACUCCUGGCGUGUGGUGGUAACGCUGCGGUAUUCUUCUCCAUGUGGUUGAUUGCCGCUGUGGUGUCGUUCAGCGGGCUAUUCGUCUACCUGGAGCUGGGAUCACUGAUCCCGAGAUCUGGUGGAACGAAGGUGUUCCUGGAGUACAUCUACAGAAGACCAAAGGUUCUAGUGAGUACAGUGUUUUCGCUGUACUCGUUGGCGUUUGGAUUGACACUGACGAAUGCCAUAAUAUUUGGCAAAUAUACCCUUUUCUGCCUGGGGUUCUCAUCAGAAUACAUCGAAUCUACAAGAAUGUCCAACUGGAUUGGUAUCUCCCUUGUGGUGCUGACAACGCUUGUGCAUGGUGUCUCCACAAAGCACGGUGUCGCUAUUCAGAACUUUCUAGGUGCGCUAAAGCUUCUCCUUGUGGGUAUAAUGGCGAUCACGUCUAUAUACGUGAUCUUUUUCCCAAAGAAGAUCACCGGGCUGGAGAACAAUUUGCCAUUUGACAGUUCCUUUUGGCAAUUCACGAAUUCCAAAGUGGUGUCGCUGUCCACCAUCUCAUCUGCUUUGUUACAAUGUUUCUUUUCAUUUGGUGGAUGGAGCUCUGUCCAUACGGUAGCGUCUGAGAUAAAGGAUCCGGUGAGAACUUUGAAGAUUGCAGGGCCUGUGUCUUUGUUCAUUGCAUUCUUGAGCUAUAUUCUGAUGAAUGUAGCGUACCUCAUUGUCAUUCCUCGUGAACAAAUGAUGCAAUCUGGGCCUCUGAUCGGAUCUUUAUUCUUUGAAAAGGUUCUUGGUUAUCACUUGGGACGUCAGUUCGUUACAGUGUCUAUUGCGCUAAGUGCGGCGUCGAACGUCUUUGUUGUUGUUUAUGGCACUUCUAGAAUGAAUCAAGAGAUCUUCAGAGAAGGUUAUGUUCCAUUCGCACAGGUUAUGGCAUCAAAUUACAAACAUACAUCCACGCCAUUGUACUCGUUGUUGUUAUGCUGCAUACUAACAUGCUUUUGGUUGGUGGUAUUACCACCUCAGGGAAACUCAUUCAACUACAUUGUUAGUUUAGAAGGCUACCCGACACAAAUCUUCAUCGGAUUGAUCGGUAUCGGCCUAUUCAUUGUGAGACGCCGUUAUCCUGAUGAAAAGGCGCCUAUUAGAGCAUCCUUAUUAGGAACGUUGCUUCUGGUGAUAAUAUCUGCAUACGUUUUGAUGGCACCAUUCACUGGUCCACGUGAUGAGUCGACCUACAUCGCAUUUCUACCCCCUUACCACAUUUUUGCACUGAUUCUCUUGGGACUUUUCGUGCUGUAUUGGGCUCUCAAGUUUAGAGUCCUGCCAUGGGCCAGAGGUUACACCUUAGAGCCAGAGUUGAUUGUGUUAGAUGACGGACUUACUGUCAAGAGAUGGACCAAAGUGUGGUAUCAAUAGAUUUAGAUUUUAUUGUGUGUUUAAUGAGGUUUUACAAAUAGGAUUAAGGGGGUUAUAUUAUUAAUAAAUGGA